AUCUUGUCUAUGGUGGGAAAAUUGUUUACGCCUACAUAUCAUUUUUUCUAAUGUUAUAUAGUAUUAAAAUGAUUAUGAAGUUGUAAUAAAUAAUAUUAAAGUAUCAUUUUUAAUACUGUUGAAAGUCAUAUAACGCAGAAACUCUGUUUUAAAUAAAUUGUACUAAAUGUUGUUACAGUUUGGUUAUAUAGGUUGCAAAACCAAAAUUAAUGUGUCAUUUUUAAAUAUAACGAGACACUAUGCAAAGACGGGAGUUAGAACUCGGCGGAAAGGAAAGAACAUAGCAACUAACAAUACAAUGGAAGAUCAAAAAUCAAAAAUACCCAUAAUAAAGUGCAAAAAGAAAAUGUACGAUUUUUACAAAAGUAAUAUACGUACCAAAGAGAAACCAACAUUAGCUAGUCAUGGUUGGAAAAAUAAGAAAACUAGAGAUGAUUAUUUCUUCAUAUAUCCUUAUGACAAUAAUGAAGAAACGAUGAACGAAGAAGUUGAUUUUAAAACUUUUAAUGAUCUUGGUUUAAGUUCUUCUUUAUGUGAAAGUUUGGAGAAUUUGGGUAUAUAUAAACCUUUACAAAUCCAAAACAUAGGGAUACCAAAAAUUCUUCAAGGAUCAAAUGUAUUAUUAGCAGCAGAAACAGGAUGUGGAAAAACAUUAGCUUAUCUUCUACCAUUGAUAACUAAAAUUUUAAUAUGGAAACAAAACAAUGUGCAAAGAACUUUAAAUACUCCAUUAGGUUUAAUUGUGACUCCUUCAAGAGAAUUGACAGUACAAAUUGCGCUGGAACUAAUUAGUAUAUCCAAACAUCUUGAUAUUAAAACAAAAUUGAUUACUGGUGGAAAGACGAAAAAAAUGAUAUUAGAUCCCCCUGUAGAUCAUGUUGAUAUUCUUGUUUGUAGUUUCGGUGUUGUUAGUAAAUUAACAACAUUCGGUGUAUAUAACCUCUCACUUUUAAGAUACGUUGUCUUAGAUGAAGCAGAUGCUUUAUUUCAUCAUACAUUUCAGGAGAAAUUACAAGUAUUUAUGAAGAGAUUACCGAUUUCAUACCAAUAUAACACAACAACAGAUGAAUUUCCUAAAGCAGCUCAACUCAUUUUAGUCUCUGCGACAAUUCCUUCACGCAUGGAUAUUGUAUUGAACGGUAUUGUAAAUACAGAUUCCUUGGAACAUGUAAAAACGGAAAGAUUACAUAAAAUAUUGGUUCCACAAAAAUUUAUAAGAUUAAUUCCAAGUCAAAAGCCAGUAGAACUAAUGAAAUAUAUAAGACCUAAAGUACGAAAUAAAGAACGUGUGAUUAUAUUCAGCAAUCAAAAUGGAACCUCCUAUUGGCUUUCCUCAUUUUUACGCGAAUGCGGUAUUGAAGCUACGAAUUUAAAUGGCGAUAUGUCAUUAGAGGUACGAAGAGGAAAAUAUGGAGAAUUUUUAAAUGGUAAAACAUUGGUGUUAUCUACGACGAAUGGAGGAUCUCGAGGUUUGGAUACAGUGAUGGUUAAUCACGUUUUAAAUUAUGAUUUUCCACUAGACACGUCCAGUUACAUUCAUAGAUGCGGUAGAACUGGUAGAGUAGGUAGCAGAGGUGAAUCUAGAGUAACAAACUUCGUUUGCAAAUUAGCAGAAAUCGUUGUAGUUCAAAAAAUUGAGAUGGCAGCUAGAAAAAUGAAACCUAUACCUAUAUUUAACCUUUUGGCUGAUGAAAAGGAAGAGGAAAUAUUAGAAGAUGAUUAUACAGGACAAAUGAUCGAAGAUCUAAAUGAAAUGGAAAAUAUUCCAUUCUGAAAUUUAUAUAUUAUAUAAUAAAAAAUAUUUGUUACUAUGUUA